CUAGAUUCAAAACAGCCUGAUCACGUGGAGUCGUGAGCUGCGAAGAGGCGGUGGGCUUAUUUCAGACUUCACGAACACAAUUUAUGACCCAGAACACUUCAGGCUCGUCUAAGUACAGAGUUCAGCCAGUGUUUAUUCUCCUGAUCCCGUUUUUACUGUUGGAAAUAUUCAGUCGAGUAGUUGCGAAAUAACGUUGCUUCUCUUGAACACACCCCAGUAAACAGCAUGGCGCCCCAGUCUGGCCACAGCGGGGCUGACAUGUAAAGGGCUGGACCCUCCUGAUGGGUGUGGACGAAGACGCUUCUCAUCCGUCUGACUCUGCGACUGCGGGAGGAAGACAGCUUCUCCAGCUGCAGCCAGGAGACGAUCACAAUGGACCCCUCCGACCACAAGCACUUCACGGUGGUAGACUAUGUGGUUUUUGCCAUCUUGCUCGCCGCCUCCAUGGGCAUCGGCCUGUACUACGCCCUGUCCGGCGGCCGUCAGCGCACCACACAGGAGUUCCUGAUGGCAGACAGGAACAUGCACUGUCUUCCUGUUUCCCUGUCGCUCAUCGCCUCGUUCCAGUCCGCCGUGGCGAUCAUCGGCGUGCCGGCGGAGAUCUACACCCACGGGACUCAGUACUGGUUCAUCGGCUGUGCCUACUUUCUGGGUCUUCUCAUUCCAGCUCAAGUUUACAUUCCAGUGUUCUACAGACUGCGGCUCUUCAGCACUUACCAGUAUCUCGAAAUGCGCUUCAGUAAAGCAGUGCGUAUCUGUGGAACUUUGACCUUCAUCUGUCAGAUGGUUAUCUAUAUGGGAGUCUGUGUUUACACUCCUGCCUUUGCACUUAAUGCAGUUACUGGGUUUGAAUUGUGGGGAACAGUGCUGGCCACUGGGCUCGUGUGCACGUUGUACACAACAAUGGGUGGUUUGAAGGCCGUCAUCUGGACAGACGUCUUUCAGACACUUGUGAUGUUCGCUGGGCAGCUGGCUGUCAUCGUGGUCGGGGUGCAGAAGUCUGGAGGAGUGUCGGAAGUCUGGAGGAAAGUCUGGGAGGGAAACCGCAUCUCUGGUCUUGACCUGAACCCAGAUCCUACAGAGAGACACACAUUCUGGACUCUGGGGGUGGGCGGGAUCUUCCUCAUGCUGUCCCUGUACGGAGUGAACCAGACUCAGGUGCAAAGAUAUCUCAGCUCGCGCACAGAGAAGGAGGCUGUCAGGUCCUGCUACAUGGUGUUUCCCUCCUUGCAGCUGGCUCUGGCUCUCAGCUGUGUGAUGGGCCUGGUCAUGUUUGCAUGUUACUGUGGCGAAGAUCACUCCGACAAACUGGGCUCCCACUCCACGGAUGCGAUGGUGUUAUACUUUGUGAUGGACAUGCUGCAGGGUCUGCCUGGACUUCCCGGACUGUUUGUUGCUUGUCUAUUCAGUGCAGCUCUCAGCACCAUCUCCUCUGCCUUCAACUCUUUGGCCACUGUGACAAUGGAAGACCUCAUCAAACCACAUUUUCCAGCCAUGACGGAGGCCAGAGCGAUCCUGCUGUCCAAAGCCUUAGCUAUGUCCUAUGGGCUGCUGUGUCUGGCAAUGGCCUAUCUCACCCACCUGAUGGGUGAUUCAGUUCUACAGGUGGCUUUAAAAAUCUUCGGGAUGGUCGGGGGUCCUAUUCUGGGUGUGUUCUCUCUCGGGAUGUUUUUCCCCUGGGCCAACUCCACUGGAGCGUUGGCCGGUCUGGGCGCCGGCCUCUCCGUGGCUUUGUGGGUCGGCAUCGGGAGCAUCUUCACUCGUAGCCCCGGCACGAGGCCGCCGCCGCCUAACUGCAGAGUCGACCUGCUGUCAGACAACCUGACUGCUGUCAUUCAGACUGCAAUCAGCAGCAAUCUGAGGUAUAGAUUACCCUGUGUGAGUGUGUGGUUAAUAUGUUUAUUGCGGUCAUAUCCCAACCUUAAUCCUCUCUCUCUGCUCUUCAGCCGACCCACUGGAUUGAAGCGGUUUUAUUCCCUGUCCUACAUGUGGUACAGUGCGUUCAACUGCUUCACAGUCAUUGUGAUAGGCCUGAUCAUCAGCUUUCUCACAGGUCCUAUGAAAGAGGAGGACGUGACACCAGGCACAGUCUUUCCCUUGAUGGGGAAACUGCUGUGUUUUCUACCUGAACACCUGAAAAAGAAGCUGUGCUGUGUGACUCCACUGGGACAGACGCUCUCAACACAACAAACGCUGCCUCCGCAAUCCAAAGAAAAUAACGGAUCGGCCUCACGACGAGAAGACGGAGCAUCUCAGGACGAGACGGAGAGCUUUCUUCCGGAUGCUCAGACGCCUUAUGUGGAGCAUGAAACAGCCGUGUGAUGAAGUCUCUCGUGUGUCGGGUUAGAAAACCUCAUCGGACAGAGCACUUUGCCAAACAACACAAUCGUAUAUACUGUUGAAUUUGUGGUUAGAGAUUGAGAUUUGCACUGUAAUGCUUCUGCACGCUGAAAGCUAAACAAUGUUUAGUCAGAAGUUGUUUUUGAAUAGUCUACUGGCCUCUUCAUGGUGUUUCAUAAAAGAUCGACGAUCGUGCAGCUGAGCCUCAGAGGUUGACUGAUAAUCAAAUGUUUGAUUUUCAUACCGUGACGUUGGAUCACACGCAGUUGGGUCCAAACAUGUGAAGAUGCUGCUGUCUGAGAAUCAACAUCCAGUGAACUUUACAUCAACAGAAAUGUUUUAUAACUGGAUUUUCUACUGCACAUACUUGACUGUUGUUCAGCACUACUGCAGCUUCAUGAAUGUUAAAAAAAAAAAACGUUUCUGAGAAAGAAUAAAGAUUUUGUAUUUAA